CCUUGGCAUCCAGGGCCCGCCGGACAAGCCUGCAGGACAGGCCGCCCGAAAGUCCCGGGUGUGGGCAGGUCUCCUCGUCCUCGGUGGCGUUCUCCUCACUCGCGGUGGGACAGCGAAGGUACAGCGCCGGGGCACGGCCCGGGCGGCGGGCGGGCGGGAGAAGGCGGAGCGGCCUGCCCGGCGAUCGCCGAGGGCAGCCCGGUGAGGAUCCCGGUGCCCGUGGAGCCCAGCGUCCUGGCUGUGGCCUCCCGGACGCGCGAUGAAGCCCCGGCCCGCGAGGUUCGUGGACAACAGGCUGAAGCAGCGAGUCGUGCAGUACCUCACCAGUAACAGAUGUGGCAAAUAUGUGGACACUGGAGUUUUAGCAUCUGAUUUACAAAGAAUGUACAGUAUAGACUAUGGUCGAAGAAAAAGAAAUGCUUUUAGGAUUCAGGUAGAAAAAGUAUUUAGCGUAAUUACCAGUGAGAAAGAACCUAAGGAUCUAACAGAAUUAGAAGAUGAGCAUCUGGCCAAAAGAGCAAGACAAGGUGAAGAGGAAAACGAGUAUACUGAAAGCUCUUCAGAUCAUGAUUCAAAUAUGGAAGAUUACCCAGAUCCACAGGCGGCAAAUCACAUGAACAGCUCCCUGCUCUCCUUAUAUCGGAAAGGACAUCCCGACUCCGCUUCACGGACUCCCGAGAUGGAUCACAGAGAAGCCACCGACUCGGCCCCACGGACACCUUCCGGAACAGACUCCAUUCCUUCGAAGACCCCUGCCAGGGGUUCAGAGGGAGGGUGGUUUAUUGAUAGAACUCCCGGUGGAAAGAUGGACCUGGCAGACGAGAAGAGCAAGCACAAGAAGCCAGGAUCUGAGAGAGAGGAUUCCAAAGACGCUUCUCUGCUGGAGAGUAAUGAAAAAAGGAAAGGCAGGCUGAAGCGCAAGGGAAACCAAAGGAAGAAAGACCUUCAGGAAGUAGACGGAGAAAUACAAGCUGUCCUGCAGAGGAAAGCUAAAGCCAAGGGGCUGGAAUUACAGAUCUCCAAGGUGAAAUUUGAAGAUGUUGGAGGCAGCGAUACGACAUUAAAAGAAGUCUGCAAGAUGCUCAUCCACAUGCGUCACCCGGAGGUGUACCGCCACCUGGGCGCCACCCCGCCGCGUGGGGUUCUCCUUCACGGGCCGCCGGGCUGCGGGAAGACCUUGCUCGCGCACGCCAUUGCAGGGGAACUGGACCUCCCAAUUCUGAAAGUAGCUGCCACGGAGAUUGUAUCCGGAGUGUCUGGGGAGUCUGAGCAGAAGCUGAGAGAAUUGUUUGAGCAGGCAGUGUCAAAUGCACCCUGUGUCCUCUUUAUUGAUGAAAUUGAUGCCAUUACCCCCAAAAGAGAUGUUGCUUCAAAAGAUAUGGAACGAAGGAUUGUGGCCCAGCUCCUAACCUGCAUGGACGAUCUGAAUACCAUGGCUGCCACCGCUCAGGUCCUAGUCAUUGGAGCCACUAACCGCCCGGACUCAUUAGACCCUGCUUUGAGACGUGCAGGAAGGUUCGACCGAGAAAUAUGCCUGGGUAUCCCAGAUGAAGCAUCCAGGGAAAGAAUACUUCGAACUUUGUGCAGAAAACUAAGACUUCCGGAAACUUUUCAUUUCCACCACUUGGCACACCUCACUCCAGGCUUUGUUGGCGCUGACCUGAUGGCGCUCUGCCGAGAGGCAGCCAUGUGUGCGGUCAGUAGGGUCCUGAUGAAGCUGCCCGAGCCGCGGGCCGACCCUGAGAUGGAAGCUUUGCUCUCCAGAGGAGGCCGGGAAAACGGGAUCGGAACGAAGCCUGCUUCCGAAGCACAGGAGCUUUCCCCGCAGGUGCCGAACCUGUCCUUCGUGUCGGCCGCCCAGCAAGCGUCGGAUGAAUUGCAAAGGCUGCUGGCGUUGCUGCGAAACCAGGACCCCCUCUCAGAGGAGCGGCUGCAAGGGCUGCGCAUUGAACUGAAUGACUUCAUUGUUGCUCUGUCCUCCGUCCAGCCCUCGGCCAAAAGGGAGGGCUUUGUCACUGUCCCCAAUGUGACUUGGGCAGACAUCGGUGCCCUGGAAGAUGUCAGAGAGGAGCUCACCAUGGCCAUCCUGGCACCGGUACGUAACCCCGAUCAGUUCAGAGCCCUCGGAUUGGUGACCCCAGCUGGAGUCCUCCUGGCGGGCCCGCCCGGCUGCGGGAAAACGCUGCUGGCCAAGGCGGUUGCAAAUGAGUCCGGACUGAACUUUAUAUCUGUCAAGGGCCCCGAAUUGCUAAAUAUGUACGUUGGUGAGAGUGAGCGUGCAGUACGACAGGUGUUCCAGCGAGCCAAGAACUCCGCGCCCUGUGUCAUAUUCUUCGACGAAGUGGACGCCCUGUGCCCUCGAAGGUCAGACCGAGAGACGGGGGCGAGCGUGCGCGUGGUGAACCAGCUGCUCACCGAGAUGGACGGGCUGGAAGCGCGGCAGCAGGUUUUUAUCAUGGCGGCCACCAACCGGCCAGAUAUCAUUGACCCUGCAAUCCUGCGCCCAGGACGCCUGGACAAAACACUUUUUGUGGGUUUGCCGCCCCCAGCGGAUCGCCUGGCCAUCCUGAAAACCAUCACCCAAAACGGCACCAAACCCCCACUGGCCGCAGAUGUCAGUUUGGAAGCCCUUGCUGGGGACCUUCGCUGUGACUGCUAUUCGGGUGCGGACCUCUCUGCUUUGGUACGAGAAGCUUCUGUCUGUGCUCUGAGACAGGAAAUGGCAGAACCAAAGAGUGGGAGCAAGAAAGGUGAGCUCAAGGUCAGUCAGAAGCACUUUGAAGAAGCUUUCAAGAAAGUAAAAUCAUCUAUAUCAAAAAAGGACUGUUGUACGCCUUAGCCAUGAGACCUGCUUAUUGCUGGACUCAAACUUCCUUUAAAUCAUUAGCCAUUUAUUACCCUAGGCCUGGUGUUUCCCACUGUAACUACUGAUCGAAAACGGGGAGUCAAAGUCCUAGCGGUUACAGGUGAUGGGCUGCCCUGUCCCAGAGCCUCUGGGCUUGUUCUGAACAUUCUCGGUGAGGUGGUCACCUUCCCACGUGUAGUUAUUCUGUAAAGAUUUCAUUGUUAAGUGAUGGCUACACCCAUCGUGGAGCUCAAACUCACAACCCCGAGACCAAGAGUCGCACGUCCUAACGACUGAGCCCGCCAGGAGCCCCCAGCCUUACCACUGUUAACUACAACACCCGGUUCAUUGGUGUGGGCCGGUGGGAUCUUUUAGGCACGUGACCGACUGCUUUUCCGGCUGCAGUCGAGCGAGAGUCCGCUGCACCGGGACUGAGUCCUCCCCGUCUGUGGAGAAACAACCGUCUGCCUUCCCCUCCCGGGCAUUUUGUCGACCACAGGGAUGUGUGCUCGUUCCCCUGAGCAUCUUCUUGUAAAACACUGUCUUCUCGGGGGCGCCUGGGUGGCUCAGUCAGUUAAGCGUCUGACUUUCAGCUCAGGUCACGAUCUUGCGGUCUGUGAGUUCCAGCCCCGCGUCGGGCUCUGGGCUGAUGGCUCAGAGCCUGGAGCCUGCUUCCGCUUCUGUGUCUCCCUCUCUCUGCCCCUCCCCCAUUCAUGCUCUGUCUCUCUCUGUCUCAAAAAUAAAUAAACGUUAAAAAAAAAAACACUGUCUUCUCGAUUAAAACUGGGGACAGUUUGACAGUUCAUAGUCCUGGGGCUCUUCCUGCUAAUCAACAAGAGACUAGUGACGUAAGCCCCCAAAGAUUUCGUCAGCAAAAGAUUGUUUCGGCUGAAAUGAUUCCUCACCUGCGGUGGGAGUCUGGGGCCUUUCCAGCAGUUAGAUGUGGACGUGGCCCCACAUUUGCCGUUCCUUCUAGCCUCCCUGUUUUCAGUUGAAAUGUAGUUGACGCGCAGUGGAGCAGAGCACAGUCCUGCCACGUGCGACAGCUGUGGCCAGCGCCAGGACCCUCCGUUCCCGCAGGAGGUCCUGGGGCGUCCGUGGAGGCCGGUGUUCCGGGCGACCCCAGGCCUGACCCGUCUUCCUGCUCUGACUUCUUCCCUCUGAGGACUUGGCACACGUGGAGCUGUGUGGCGCGCUCGACGCGUCCGGCUUCUUUGCUCAGCGUGAUGUCUCUGAGGUGCACGGUGUUGUGCGUCUGGAGUUUGGUCCUUCCUCCUGCAGAGCGGUUUCCCAGGGUAAGAAUGUACCACAGCGUCUCGUCCUUUCUCCUGCUGGGGGACGCUCGGCCGUUUCCGGGGUCUGGCUUUUAUGAAUAAAGGUCCCUUGAACGUGUGUGAGAUAGAGCAAGGGAGAGAGGGGGGACGUGUCUUCACUUCUCGUGAGGAAGCACCCAGACGGGCCUGGCUGGGUCUCGGACGUGGGCUGCUCUGCCCACGCUUGGUGAGGGCUUCUGCUUCUCCACGGGCUCACGGACACCAGAGUGUCACUGUCCUUUAAUGUCAGCCGUCCGAGGGAUGUGAACCAGUGUCCCAUGUAGUUUAAGGGGGCAUUUCCCGAACAACCGGGAAGGUGAGCAUAUUUUCACAUGCUUGCCAGUCAGUUGGAUUUCUUGUUUCCUGUCCUUGUGCUUUGCCCCUAAAAACUUGAGUUGUUUCUCUCCUUAUUAUAAAUGUACAAAUUCUUAGCUUAGUCUGGAUUGAAGGCUUUUAUCAGAUGGGCACACAGAGGAUAACUUUCUAAAGAGCAGGAGCUUUUAUCAUUUUUUUAUAUAAAAUUUUGUUUAACAUUUAUUUAUUUUUGGAAGACAGAGCAGGAGCAGGGAGGGGGCAGAGAGAAGGAGACACAGAAUCCGAAGCAGGCUCCGGGCUCUGGGCUGUCAGCACAGACGCGGGGCUUGAACCACGGAAUGAGAGAUCGUGACCUGAGCCGAAAUCGUGCAGGAGCUUUUAAUUUAGAUGAAGGCUGACGUAUUACGUGUUCUGUCAUAAGAAGUCUGGGCUAUUUCAAGUUUGCAAAGAUUCUCUCCUUUGUUUUUUUCUAGAUGCGUAAUAGUUUUAGCCUUUACGUUUAGGCCUGUGAUCCAUUUGAAAUUACUGUUUUAGUUUGAUGCGACUUAGGGGUCAUGGUUAUGUUUUUCCAUGCAGCUGCCUACUGACUCUGACCCGACUGUGGGAAAAACUUUCCUACUGAAUUACCGCACCAUCUGUUUGAAAACCCAUUGACUGUAAAUGCAAGAAUCUCUUUCUGUGCUGUUCCAUUGGUCUUUACAUCUGACCUUCUGCUGCUGUAUCUUUCUUACCGCAGUCUUGACUAUUAUAGAUAUAUAAGUCUCAAAAUCGGGUAGUAUAAAUUCUCCAAAUCUGUCCCUUUUCCCCCCCAAAAUUGUUUUGUUUAUUUUAGGCCCUUUGCGUUUCCAUAUAAAGUUUAUAAUCAGCUAAUCGCUUCCUGAAAAAGAAGCUUGUUGGGAUUUUGAAUGAGACUGAAUCUGUAUAUCAGCUGUGAGAGCAGAAGUUAAAAAUUCAUAAACUUAGUACAUCUGUCCAUUUAUUUAGAUUCAUUUAAUUUCUCAGAGUUUAUUCAUUUUUUAAUUCAUUUCACUUAUUAGAUCCACCUGAUUUAUUCAGUAAUGUUGUGAGUUUUGGUGUAAAUAUCUUACACAUCUUUCAUCAACUGCAUUCCCAAAUAAUUUAUACUUUUUUAUGUUGUUUGUCAAUGUUUUUCAUUUUGUUUUCUAAUCGUUUUUAUAUAUUGACCUUGGCUGGUUCAUUUGUCAUUCUCUUACUUGUUUUGCCUCCAAAAAGAUCAAUUUUCUAGAUUAAAUUUCUGCUGUAAUUUUGAAGUUUCCAUGUUUGUUGCUCAAGUGAUUUUAUUUCUAAUAGCCACAAAUGUGUGAUCCAAAGCUCGAUAAUUGCUUGACCUGAUUCCUAAAUUUGCCCAUGUUUUUUAUGAUAAUUAAGGAUUAAGUCUGCUUUACCACCUCUGUAUAAUACUUGCGCUGGUGAAUUUGAAACCAGUGUAUAUUACGUUUAUUGGAGGGGUCUCCGUUCCUUCUUUUUUCUUGGUCUUCUCAGUUCCGGGUGGUGGCGAAGAACGUCUUCCUUCUGGUUAAGGACAGUUCCAUUGAAAUUCGAGGCACAGGCAGAGUCAAACAAUCCAUUUCAGAAGCCAAACCGAAAGGAAAUAAAAUCAAACCAAAAGAAAGGUUUGGCAUUUGUGGUGAUGCUUUUCUGGAUGUGAAACUGAGUGGCCCAUUUAUAAGCCACCUCUUUCUACUUUUAAUAUUAGGGCUCUUUUGGUUGUAAAUGACGGAAACCCAAUCGAGCUAAGAUAAGUGGGGGAAACAGAACUCAUCCACAUAGCAAGGGUCGUGAGAGCACGGUUGGCAUGGGGCACGCUGGCCGUGGAACCUCGUUACGGGUUUCCUGGGGGAAGCUGGUUGCCUGCAGCCCCAGACACCCCCCAGCAAGAGAAUUCCCUGCCGGCCCUGGUGGGAGAGUGUCAGGGGAGUCUGCGGUCGGCCCAGCCCAGUUUAGGACCCCACGCCAGAACCAACCAGUGUGGCCAGUUAGGAAAUUUGAUACUCUGGCCAUGCUGGGUUGUGAGGGCCACAGAGUUUUUAUAAAGGUCAUGACCUCAAGACCUAGAAUGAAAAUCUGUAGAUAGGAUUCUGGUACUCAAGUUCAUUGACCUGUUAGUGGCCGGGUUGGGAUUUUGAGUCAUCUUUUCACGCUGAAAAAGAAUCACUAGAUUUUGUUAAAUGCAAAAGGAACACAUCACGUUUUAGCCUGAAGACGUACUUACAGAAGUGGCAAUUGCUUCGAGACGCGUUAACACUGAAUAAAUGGUCAGGAGACAUCCAGGAAGAAAGGUGUGCCCGUACUGUCCCCAGAUCUGCAGGGCCGGUCAUUCUAGUCCUGAAAUACCCAGCACGCUCUUAAGCCAGGUGCACCUGCCUGCCAGCUGGCGCCGUUUCUUACCUUAGAGCGCUUUCCUCCCUGGCACCACAUGAUUCUUCAUUUGGAGUUGGGCAGUGACAGCACGUCAGGUGGACUCCGUGUCCGCACUUAAUUGGCGGACAUGGUUCAGAGGCCGAACGUAGCAGUGUGUCACCCGACCCAGGAAACCCUCGGUAACUGGUUGAGGGUGGGUGGUGACGGCAGUGAGCAGACCUUCCUUUUCCCCGUCCCUGCUUGUCCUCGCUCCCUCCUCCAAAGAUCCCUGCCCGGGCUACCAGGUCCUGUUUGGUGCUGAGAGGACCUAAUGGGUCGUCACCCUGUUAGGACAGACACCCGACAAAUAAGACGGCCGUCCGCCAGCCGCGUCUCAGAAUUCAGAGCCCUGUGUCUAGGCUGUGUCGCUUCGUGGGCCGGCACAGCAUAACCACUGUGCAGGUUUCACUGCUCACCAGAGACCUGAGACCCAGUUAGCCAUUGAUAAAUGUUGAGGCCUUGAGGUUAUUUCCCCAGAUACUUAUUACCUCGGAUGAUAGUCUUUUUACUCGGCUUACUCUGGCCCUGUCCCACCAUCAGGAAGGAAACCUCACCAAACAUACGGUCUGAUUUUUUUUCUUUCCUCUGUGAAAGCCACACCACGAAACUGCUUAUUAGCUCAUCGAAGUCGUGGCCGUGGCUCUUUGGUUCUCUUCUUCACCCUCAGGAGUACACGGGUCACUCAUUUCCCUGACUAUUUCUACCCCACUGACACUUGAGAGAAAAACGCUUCAAGUCAGAGUCCCUUCUCCCCUAGCUGUGUUUUAACAGCCUGCCUGAGAUCCAGAUUUCAACCUUGAUCGCGAAGCGCUGCACGUGCGCGGGCCCUGUGCUGGGCUCGCAGAUGCAGAAGUUGCAGAAGACGGGGCCCCUGUGCACAGAACACGGACUAACCUGGCCCCUUAGUUCCAUCCACGUCGCAGGUGCUUCGCGUGCAGCCUUUGCUUAAAGGGUCUCGGCCGCGUGACAAAGGCAGCGUGACUGAUUUUAUUAAAAACGCUUCUGAACCUAUCAUUCCAGACCUUGUAGAAUUUUUUUAUUCUCUUAGGAACAUCCGUGGAAGGCUACAUGUAUGGGCCGGUGAGACUCUGUACUGUUUUAUUCUGUUUAAUAUUUGUGGUGGUCGUAAAUUUUUAAACUUUAAAUAUUUGAUUUCUGGAAAACUUGGUGAAUAAGAAGCUACAGCUUCUCUUUUGGAGGUAGGCAUGGUAUGAAUUUUGAAUAAAUACUAAAUAAAGCAGAUGACCAAACUGAUUUUUAAUUUGUUUGAUCUUUUAAAAAGGAGGCAUAACAUCAGGGUGAAGGCAGCCCCCUCCUUGUUUGGCAGAUUAACUGGCCCUCAUGAGACAGCUACUUAGGAAACGGGUGACAGCUGCUGGUAGGGAGAGACUGGAGGGGGUGGGGGAGGGGGACAGGGGUGUAAAAGUUCACCUUUUCUCCUCUUUGAACUUUGAACCUUGAGAAUGCAGCACCUAUUCAAAAGAAUUCAAAAUUGGCAAAAUAGUAAUUUAAAAGUUCUGGAAGACCAAAAUAAUAGUAGUUACCUCUGGAAAUGAGAAUUUUUUUUUUUUUUUUUUUUGCUGAUCUAUAUUUUCUAAUAUUU